UAAUAUGUUGUUGGUUGUACUCCAUUUAAAACUUCUAUUCAAAUUGAACAUGAAACCUUUUCUAAAAAUAUGCAUUAUCAAAGAGGAGCGAUUUUCGUUCCAUAAUAUGAAAUAUCAGACGACUUGGAAGAGAUUUAACACAUGGUUCAAGGUUACGUAGAGUCUACUCGAUAUGCUAAUAAUGAUCAUGUUAACGUCUAAUCUAUGAGUAGUUUGGUCGUGAACGCAUGUGUUCCACGUGUUAAAGGAAUUUAAUAAUUAUUCUUAUAUAAAUCAUUGCAAGAGAAAGAAGAAGUUUGAGAUUAAGUAGAUAAAAUGUGUGGAAUUUGGGCAUUAUUUGGUCUAGACGCGAAGCCUAUAACUUGUAUCUGUGAAAAUUUUGAAAAAAUAUCUCAUCGUGGUCCAGAAGCAUUUCGGCUUGAAUUUGAUAAUAGAGUUAAGAAUGGAUAUCUUGCGUUUCAUAGAUUAGCCAUUGUGGAUUGUCUUAAUGGGAUGCAACCUAUGAGGCUUAACCAAUACCCAUAUUUAUUUUUACUUUGCAAUGGCGAGAUCUAUAACUGUAAUAAGCUAGGAGAGCAAUACAAUUUUAAAUAUACAACCAAGUGCGACGUAGAAGUAAUUUUGCACUUAUAUGCCCAAGGUGGAUCGGAUAAUGUUGCACGAUCUCUAGAUGGUGUAUUUGCAUUUUGCUUACUGGAUAUCGAAAAGAAAAAAAUCAUUCUUGGUAGAGAUCCGUACGGUGUUAGACCCUUAUUCAAAUUAUAUUCAAAUGCUGGACAUUUGGGGAUAUCUUCCGAAAGCAAAGGACUUAUUAAUAUAUCCAAACGUAUAGAAGAAAAGUACACGUUGCAACCAUUUGUACCUGGUAAUUACGAGGAAUAUGAUCUUUUAAAUGACGGCCGAACGAAAUUUGUGCAAACCAUCAAUUACCACAAGCCUGGAGACAAACCUCAUUUUCUAGCUUAUACGCCUUGGAAUACGUUAAGUAAUAACGACGUACACGAGAACAUUAGAAAGUUAUUUUCUGCGGCUGUAGAAAAACGCUUGUUGGCAGAUAGACGAAUAGGUUGUUUGUUGUCCGGUGGAUUAGAUUCCAGCUUAGUUGCAGCUACUCUUGUACAGCAUGCACAGAAACAUAAUUUACCAUACAAAAUACAAAGUUUUGCAAUAGGCAUGGGAGAUAGUCCAGAUAUUAUUGCAGCAAGACAAGUCGCAGACUAUAUAGGAACUGAACAUCAUGAAAUUAUUUUCUCUCCCGAAGAUGUAGCUGAAAUUUUGGAUCAAGUUAUUUAUCAUUUAGAAACAUUUGACAUUACAACAAUACGAGCUUCUAUCGGGAUGUAUAUUAUAUCAAGAUACAUUUCCCAAAAUACAGAAACAACAGUUAUAUUUAGCGGAGAAGGUGCUGAUGAAUUAGCACAAGGAUAUAUUUAUUUUAGGGAUGCUCCUACAGCUAUGGAUGCGCACAACGAAUCAAUUAGAUUAUUAAAGGACAUUUAUCUUUAUGAUGGUUUAAGAGCUGAUAGGACAACUAGUGCAUUCAGUUUAGAACUUAGAGUUCCAUUUCUUGAUUUACAAUUUACUAAUUAUUAUUUAUCACUUGAUGCUGCCAUUAGACAACCGCAAAAUGGCAUAGAAAAAUAUUUAUUAAGAUCUGCAUUUGAUGGCACUGGCAUACUACCAUCUAACAUACUUUGGCGGCAUAAAGAAGCCUUCAGCGAUGGCGUUACUUCCAUUAAAAAAUCUCUUUUUCAAAUCGUUCAAGAUAUUGUAGAAGAUAAAGUACAAGAUGAAGAUUUAGCAAAGGCACACGUUAAAUAUCCCCAUUGUACACCAAAGACUAAAGAAGCCUUUUAUUAUAGAAAUUUAUUUGAAUCAUAUUACGGUGGUCAAGCAGAAGUUUUCACUCCAUACUUUUGGAUGCCACGUUGGGUAAAAGACAUUGCGGAUCCGUCUGCACGAUUUAUUAAACAUUAUUCUGCAGAUGUAAAUAAUGAUAACGAUCAACAGGAAACAAUCUCUAAGAUUGAAAAAUGAAGAUGGAAUUAUAUAAAAAGAUUUUCAUAUGAUACAUAUAUAGGAAAUAUGUAAUAUUCCUAUACUUAAUAAUAU